AUGUCUUCAAAAAAACAUUUUGUGCUUGGCUUUUGCCUUGUGAUUUUAUUUGUAAAUGCAGCUUCAAUAGAUUAUGGAACAGCACUUACUAAAUCUUUAUUGUAUUAUGAAGCACAAAGAUCAGGAAAAUUGCCUCCUAAUCAACGUGUGCAAUGGCAUGGAGACUCAGCCCUUAAAGAUGGCAAAGACGAAGGGAUUGACUUGACAGGAGGAUACUACGACGCUGGAGACAACGUGAAAUUCGGAUUUCCAAUGGCAUUCACAGUAACAAUGCUAUCAUGGAGCGUAAUCGAAUUCGAGCACCAACUAAACUCCAAAAACGAACUGAAAAAUGCACUGAAUGCAAUCAAAUGGGGCACUGAUUAUUUCAUAAAAGCACAUAAAGAGCCUCAUGUUUUAUACGGCGAAAUCGGAGAUGGAAAUUCUGAUCAUCAGUGUUGGGAAAGGCCUGAAGAUAUGACAACUCCGAGGAAUGCUUAUAAAAUUGAUGAACAACAUCCUGGCUCCGACCUUGCUGGUGAAACGGCCGCAGCACUGGCUGCUGCGGCCAUUGCUUUUAGCAGGUCAGACCCAGGUUAUUCGAAGCAGCUUCUUACUCAUGCCAAAGAGUUAUUUGAUUUUGCUAAAAAGUUCCCAGGCGAGUACCAAACUAGCAUUUCUGUGGCAGGUCAAUUCUACAGUAGCUCCGGUUAUGAGGAUGAACUAUUGUGGGCUGCUGUUUGGUUGCUAAAAGCCACACAAGACAAAAGAUACCUGGAUUACAUCAAUGAUAAAUCCACAAGUUCUGGAGGCACCAGAUCCAUGUUUUCAUGGGAUGACAAAUAUGUUGGUGCUCAACUCCUCAUUGCCAAGGAUCUGCUGGAGAAGAAAUUUCCAGGGAAGGAGAGUUCGUUGAGUGAAUACAAGAAAAAUGCAGAGGAAUUCAUAUGCAACUGUAUCCAAAAAGGAAACAGCAAUGUAAAGAAGAGUAGUGGAGGACUAUUAUGGUGGCAACGUUGGAAUAAUCUUCAAUAUGUCACAACUGCAACAUUUGUCAUAACCAGUUAUGCAGAUACAUUAUCUGCCACUAAAAAUUCUUUGCAAUGCACUAGUGGAAAGGUGGAACCUUUGCAACUAAUCACGUUCGUCAAAUCCCAGGUGGAUUAUAUACUUGGUGAAAACCCAAGAAAAAUGAGUUACAUGGUAGGUUUUGGUACAAAUUACCCAAAGAAGAUUCAUCACAGAGGAGCAUCAAUUGUGUCAAUUAAGAAAGACCGUACUCCAGUGGGCUGCCAUGAAGGUUUUACUCUAUGGUUCGAUAAAAAUGCAGCAAAUCCAAAUGUUUUAGAUGGUGCAAUUGUUGGUGGACCUGAUCUUAGUGAUAAUUAUAAUGAUGACAGAAAUAACUUUCAGCAAGCUGAAGCUGCCACAGCUAAUACAGCACCAUUAGUUGGAGUUUUAGCCCGAUUAGCUAGCUAAACAAAUCUUUUCAGAUAGAGAUUAAUUAGUAUUUUUUUUUUUAUAAGUACACGAAGCUCACUUUUGUGGUUUUCAAAUAUAAUCGGUGAUAGUCUCAUA